UGCAAAUUAGCAUUUCGAUUUUCGACGACAAGGAAUAUGCGGCUACAUCCAGUGGCCAUCCUUGCGGUCCUUGCCGCUUUGGCAAGGGCAAAUGUGUCAGAUAAACGACAAACGACCGGUACAACAUGCAUUCCUCAGGAUAUUGUGUAUAUGGUAGACUCGUCAAGUUACAUUGGUUAUGAACAUUUCAAACAGCAGCUAAACUUUAUAAAGAACAACAUUAAAUACUAUAACCUUAAUCCUCAAUGUACUCGGAUAGGUAUUGUAACAUACAGCUCUGGUGCGUACAAUCAGUUCUACCUGAACCAUUAUACGACACAAAGCCAAUUGUUCAAUGCCAUUGACGGUAUCCAGUACCAUGCCGGAGGUUCAAAUACCGCAGACGCCAUCAAUUAUGUCACAGGCCAGGCAUUUACCUCUGCUCAUGGCGGGCGCACAGGUGUUCCACAUUAUGGAAUUCUUCUCACCGGCAGCUCAUCCACAAACUCUGCUCAAACGGUGGCUGCUGGAAAGGCUGCUCAACAGGCUGGCAUUAAUAUGUUCACUGUUGGCAUCGGAAACGGCUACAGCAGCACAGAAUUGAUGGGUGUUGCAAGCAGUGUUAGAAAUCAGUUCACAUCCCAGAGCUACAAUGCCCUGAAUUCCCUUGCAGAACCACUAGCAACCAGAGUCAAUGGCGCUGUUACACCAACUACCGGCCAAGCAAUGGGUACACCAAACUCAUGUUUACAGCAAGCCGACAUAGCAUUCCUAGUAGAUGGCUCAGGAAGCAUUGGCUCAGCAAAUUUUCUCAAACUCGAAAACUUUGUUAAGGGCAUUGUGGGUCAACUUGACGUAGGACCAAACAAGGUACAUGUUGGACUCGUCCAGUUCAGUAACUACCCAAAACAAGAAUUCCCGCUGAAUAUGUACUCCUCAAGACAGGAUGUUAUGACAGGUGUUGACCAAAUGCACUACAUGGGAGGUGGCACAAACACAGCUGACGGUAUCAAAUACCUUAGAGAACAGGUAUUUUCUCAGGGAGGUGGUGCCAGACCUAACGUUCCAAGGAUUGCUGUGGUGAUCACUGAUGGCAGGAGUGCAAACCCCACGCAGACUGCCGCCCAAGCAAACCUGGCUAGACAAGAUAACAUUGGUUUGCUUGCUGUUGGUAUUGGAAAUGGUGUGGAUAUAAAUGAGCUACAUCAAAUAGCGGAUGAUCCGGACGCAUCAAAUACCUUUACAGUCUCAAACUAUGACCAGCUUAACAAUAUCGCUACCCAGAUCAUUACCCGUGCCUGUCAUGUAUCAGCUACUGCACCUCCACCAACAAAAGCAUCUGGGGUUGUGAAUAUCAAAAAUGACCCAUGCCAGAAUCAUAUCUCAAACUGUGACUCAUACCCAAAGUCUGUCUGCUCUGGAGACUACUUUGGCUGGGCCAAGGACAACUGCGCAAGAUACUGUGGAUUCUGCGUCCCUCUGUUCACAACUGCCCCACCACCAUGUGAAGACAGAUUAUCCAACUGCAAUGAAUACCCAAGCUCCUCCUGUGUAGGAAAGUUCUUGGACUGGGCCCAUGACAACUGCAGGAAAUACUGUGGCUACUGUGAUUCCAAGUCUCAGUCUUUGGGAUUUUAUAGUCAAUGUUAUUACAAGGGUCAGACAUACAAGCAGGGCGAGACUUGGGAUGAUGGUUGCGACUACCAGUGUACAUGUAUCGAUGGACAAACCGGAAAAUACCAGUGUUAUAACAAAUGUCCAGUCUAUUACAACCUACCUUCCCAGUGUACCCUGGUAAAGAGUGAAACUAAAUGCUGUCUGCAACCAGUCUGUGAUUUCAAUCCAAAAAUAUCCUCAUUUGAGACGACCAGUCCAGGAAAAACAACUGAUGGCAUAGAUGUUUGCCAAUUCCAAGGUCAUCAGUACUACCAAGGUCAGACAUGGGAAGAUGGAUGCCAGUACACAUGUACUUGCACAAAUGGAAAAACUGGAACAUACAAAUGUCAGACCCUGUGCCCUGAUUACACAGCCAUUCCAAGCUUCUGUCACCUUGAGACCAAGCCUGGUGAGUGCUGUUCCAGGCCAGUUUGUGAGUUCAAGACCCAGCAAGGUAGCUUCACCGGCUCUGGAACCAUAAGUGGACAUGGUGUUGCUGUAUCCCCGACUGCUCCACCAGCUUGCAUUGACACCUUACCAGACUGUGACCGAUACGGGACUAAUGCAUGUAUCAAUUUCAAACCAUGGGCCAGAGACAACUGCAGAAAGACUUGCAGUUUGUGUCCGGUUGGUAAUGCCCCGAACCCUGAACCUACUGAUGUUUGUAUAUACAAUGGUAGAGCGUUCCACCAGGGUGAUUCAUGGAAACUUGGCUGUGAUACCACAUGUACAUGUGAAAAUGCUGUAUACGGAUACUACAGAUGCGUUAACUCAUGCCCAACAUAUAAUAACAUACCAGCUGAUUGCAAGGAAGUUAAAAAGGCUGGAGAUUGUUGUACCACAGUACAGUGUAGCACCGGAACUUUUGUCUCUUCAACCGGAAAUCUCGCUACCAUUGGUGGUGGUGGUUUGAUUCAGACCCCCGGAAGUGUAACACCCACACUGCCAUCUGGCAGUACACCAGAGCCUGGAACUGGUGGUACAAGCUUCACGGCACCAUCCCUGAAGGGUUGCCUGUACAAAGGCAAUGUAUACAUUUCUGGCCAGACCUGGGAGGAUGGAUGUCAGUAUUCGUGCACUUGUGAAAAUGCCGAGCAAGGAUUGUACAGAUGUAGACAGAAAUGCCCAGAGUUCCCAACUCUUCCAUCAGAAUGCCACCUUGAAGUUGACCCCAGUGACCCCUGCUGCCAGAGACCAAAAUGUCAGUUCACUGGUACCCCAACACCAGUCAUCCCAGUAUACAAGCCGAGUACCACAGGACACAAUGUUGUUGCUCCUCCUAAACCAGGAGAGUUAUUCCAGGGAACCCAGACUGUUAUUGCAGUUAUGACAUUACCCGGAAACAAUCCUAACCCACCAACAGCUGAUCCUAAUGCCCACUCUGGUGGAAUAGGAUACUGCGAGUACAAAGGUCAUACAUACAAGCAAGCUGAAUCCUGGGAAGACGGCUGUGACUACGACUGUGUGUGCGAAGAUGCUUCUAUUGGAUUCUAUAGAUGUAGAGAAAAGUGUCCCAAAUACCCACCUCUGCCUGCACAAUGCCAGCUUAUACAGGAUCCUAACAGCAGAUGCUGCAAGAUCCCAAAAUGCCAGUUCACAGGCCAGGUGACCUCAAUUAGUGGACAUGGGACAAUAACAACCCCAAGACCCAUAGUGACCACUGCAAGACCAGUUAUACCGGUCACACAAGCUCCAAAAAUGUGUGUGUACAAGAACAAACAGUACGGUCAAGGUCAGGUAUGGUUUGACGGCUGUGACUACAGAUGUACCUGUGAUGAUGCUAAUAGCGGAUUCUACAGAUGUACAAGAAGAUGUCCAGAAUUCUUCAAUGUACCCAGCGGAUGCGUGUAUGUACAAGAUCCCAAUGACCCUAGCUGCUGCAAGGUCCCACAGUGUACACCAACACCACCACCGGGAGCCACCUUGGCACCAAACGCCAUUGCUACCAUCCCACCUGGAACCUUUGUUGGCCAGCCAAACGCAACAGCAACUGGUAUCGGUUACUGUGAUUAUAAGGGAAUGCAAUACAAGCAGAAUCAGCAGUGGAUGGAUGGGUGUGAUUAUUCAUGUGUAUGUGAGGAUCAAAAUACGGGUCGUUACAAAUGUGUUGACCGUUGCCCAAGUUAUGGUGCCCUACCUCCACAAUGUAGAAUGGUUGCCGACUUCACAAAUCCAUGCUGCCAGAAACCAGACUGCCAGUUCUCCGGAAACUUUGGUGAAAUCACCGGAACAUUAACACCAGCUCCACAACCAGGACAUUCUGUUGCACCAAACAUUCAACCAACAAAUGCACCCAAACCUACGUACUGUGUAUACAAGAGUGCCAUGUACAGUCAAGGACAGACAUGGAAUGAUGGUUGCUCGUACAAGUGUCGCUGUGACGAUGCUAGUAGAGGACUUUAUGUCUGUAACGACAGAUGUCCAUCGUACCCCAACAUUCCUCCACAGUGCCAGAUGGUAACAGAUCCUCGUGACUCCUGCUGUAGAAUGCCAGAGUGUAACUUUACACCCACUCAAGGACAGAUCACCGGCACGCUGGCCCCUAACGUGAUCCCCACCAAGGUACCCAGCCAGAUCAUUGGUCAGGCCAAUACACCAGCACCUACACCAUACCCAGAUGGUCACACACAGGCUCCUCAACCACUGAAUUUCUGUAUAUACAAGGGUGGACAGUACAACCAAGGUCAGACAUGGGAUGAUGGCUGUGAUUACAAGUGCAGAUGUACAGAUGCUACCCUCGGAAAAUAUGUCUGUGAUGAAAUGUGUCCAAAAUACGGAAGCCUGCCUGCAUCCUGUCACUUGAUCAAGGAUGCAGCAAAUCCAUGCUGUUUCAAACCCGUGUGCAACUUUGUACCAACCGCCGGACAGAUUACCGGACAGGGCAGCACACCAGCACCCAUUCCAGGAGUAUCUACUCUAGCACCAAACCCAAAUCCAAAUCCCAACCCGAACCCGAACCCAACGCUAGCACCACUGCCAAAAGCUGUGUGCGUGUACAGAAUGGACCAGUAUACACAGGGACAGCAGUGGUUUGAUGGCUGCAACUUCAAGUGUACUUGCGAGGAUGCUAUGCAGGGUACCUACAGAUGUGAUAAGAGAUGUGCUGCCUACCCAAGCCUGCCAGCUGGCUGUACUCUGGUUGCCGACCCUGCCGAUCCUCUGUGUUGUAAAGUACCUUACUGUCAACCAGUGACCAACUCCACCAAUCCCUUCCCUACUCUGCCAACUGGAGUCAUCAGUGGAGGUAGUGUCACUAAGGCACCAACACCUGCUCCACAACCUCAGCCUGGUGUCUCCACGCCUGCUCCACAACCAGGUGUCUCCACACCAGCUCCACAACCAGGAGUCUCCACACCAGCUCCACAACCAGGAGUUGUAACACCGGCUCCACAACCGAAAGCUGGGUGCAUUUACAAGGGCAAACUGUAUACACAGGGUCAGAGAUGGCGAGAUGGCUGCGACUACAACUGUGUGUGUCAGAAUGGCAUGACUGGUGUGUACGAAUGUACAGAAAUCUGCCCCAAAUAUCCAUCACUUCCACCACAGUGUAGAAUGGUACAGGACUACAACCAGCCUUGCUGCAAGAAACCCUACUGUGAUUUCUCUGGUACCACUGGAGAGGUCACCGGCCAGGGCAGCACCCCUGUCCCCAUGCCAGGUGUUUCCACAAUAGCACCUCAGCCAGGAUCCUUCAACACACCUGCCCCAACCCCAAAAAAAUUGUGCAGUUACAAUGGUGUAUUGUUCAAGCAGGGAGACAGAUGGGACGAUGGGUGUGACCUGAAAUGUGUCUGUGAGAAUGAGAUGACUGGAUACUAUAGAUGUAACCAGAGAUGUGCCCAGUACCAGAGCGUACCAGCCGGAUGCACUCUGGAGACUGAUCCCAAUGACCCAUGCUGCCGGGUACCAGUCUGCAAGAACCUGCCAACACCAGCACCAAACCCAACACAGUCACCAAAUCCAAACCCCAACCCAUUCCCAACAAUUGCACCUACAUAUCUUCCAGGCCAGUCCACACCUAAACCAGGUGUGAACCCAACACCAGCACCCAACAUGACACCGGGGCCAUCUGUGAACCCAACACCAUACCUACCGACACUUGCGCCACCGAUCAUCAACGGACAAGGAGUGACACCAACACCACAACCUGGUGUAACUACAAACAAGCCACCUCUUCCUGUUUGUGUAUACAAUGGUAAAUCCUACAUGGAGGGUCAAAAAUGGCAGGAUGGUUGUCAGUACAACUGCGAGUGUGUUGAUGGUAUGUCUGGCCAGUACAGGUGUACCGAAAGAUGUGCUGUGUACCCAGCUAUACCCAGCAACUGUAGAAUGGUAACCAGUCAAGCAGACCCAUGCUGCAAGGUCCCAGAAUGUACACAGGUCCAGCCAACACCACAACCAAACCCAUACAAUACACCACGACCUCUUCCAGGAGUUUCUACAAUCAAGCCUCCACUAGGACCAGUAUCUACACUGGCCCCUAAUCCACUCAACCCAAAUCCUACACCAGGGCCAAAUGUAACCCCUGCUCCUCAACCAAUGCCAAAACAAUACUGUGUAAUGAAUGGCAUACAGUACACACAAGGACAGAGAUGGAACCAGGGCUGUGACAAGAUAUGCGUCUGUGAUGAUGCCUCAACUGGACAUUACACAUGUAAUCAGAGAUGUAAAAUAUAUCCUACUGUACCAAAUGAUUGCACAAUGGUUCCCGAUCCGAAUGAUCCAAUGUGUUGCCAGGUCCCACAAUGUAUCCAAGUGCCAGGAACCAAUGGAUACCCAACUCCAGGACCAACAGAUAAACCACAGAUAUACACAAACGCUCCACAUGCAGUGGUGACCGGAACUGGUACCCCACCCACUCCACUACCAAGAACAACUGUGGCACCACAGCCCGGUGUGUCCCAACCAGCAACUCCUGCUCCACAGCCAGUACCAAAGGUUUGUGUGUACAAGGGACAGCAGUAUAACCAGGGACAGAGAUGGCAAGAUGGCUGUGACUUCAACUGUGUCUGUGACAAUGGAAUGACAGGAAAAUAUACCUGCACAGCCAGGUGUGGAGAUUAUCCGAACUUGCCGAGACAGUGCAGACUUCAGAGAGAUCCAAGAGACUAUUGCUGCUACAUUCCAGUAUGUGACUGGUCUGCUACUACGCCAGCUCCUGUCUUUACCCCAGCUCCAGUACCAGGAUCCACCAUGGUACCAGUGCCAGGUGUUUCCACUGUUGCGCCACAACCAGGAACUAGGACCACUCUUGCUCCUCAACCCAAAGCACUCUGUGUGAUGAAUGGAGUAACAUUUGGCCAAGGACAGGUACUCAAUGACGGCUGUGCUCAGAGAUGCAGAUGUGAUGAUGCCAGUACAAACUACUACAACUGUUAUGACAGAUGUGCUUCAUUUGCCCAAGUACCAAAGGGUUGUAUAAUGGUAACAGAUCCCAGUGAUGCCUGCUGCCAGAUUCCACAAUGUAACAUCAUGCCCACACCUAGACCUAAUAUGACACCAGCACCUAACCCUCUAGGAACCACUGUUGCUCCAGUACUGUUACCGGGUCAGACACUGGCACCACAGCCCCACACAUUCCCAACUCCCGCACCUUCCCCGAUCCCAACUGCCGUCCCUGGACAGAUCAUUAGUAAACCAGAUGCAACAAGACCUCCACAACAGAGAGGAUUCUGUGUAUAUAAGGGAAUACAAUACACAAAGGGCCAGACCUGGGAUGAUGGAUGUCUAUACAACUGUGUAUGUCUCGAUGAUAUGACAGGACAAUACAAAUGUACUGAAAGGUGUCCAAGAUAUCCAAACAUUCCAACAUACUGCGUGUUGGUACAGGAUCCGAAUGAUCAGUGCUGCAAGACACCAUACUGUCCAAAUGUUGUGCCAACCCCAGCACCCAACAUGACACCUGCACCAAUACCAGGAAUCACACUCAACCCACCUACACUUGGCCCGAGAACACCUGCUCCGGUACCUGGGCAGUCAACAAUAGCACCACAGCCAGGACAUCCUACAUUGGCACCACAGCCCGGCACCGUGGCACCAGAUCCGUUCCUGCAUCCAACACCAUCAACACCAAAACCACAACCACUUCCCAAAAAUGUGUGUAUUAUGAGUGGUAAGGCGUAUACUCAAGGCCAGACAUGGUACGAUGGCUGUAAACAGAUUUGUGUAUGUGACGAUGGCAUGACUGGACAUUACACGUGCAAUCAAAGAUGUGCGACAUACACGGGGUACUCCUCAUCUUCAUGUAUCUACGUACCUGAUCCCAACGAUCCAGUGUGCUGUCAGAUACCACAGUGUAACCAAGUUAACAGUACAGUACCCGCACCUGUCACAGGUAUACACACUGGAGGUGGUCCAAUCCCCACACCCGCUCCCAACAUGACACCAGCUCCAGGUCUCAAUCCAACCUUGAACCCACCAAUGCCAGGACAAUCCACACUAGCACCUAUACCAGGAGUCAGCACAGUGGCACCAAACCCUAAUGUCAACCCCACUCAGGCACCAACACCUGCACCAAAAAUAUGCGUGUACAAGGGCAGUAUAUAUACACAAGGCCAGACAUGGAGAGAUGGUUGCCAGUAUGAUUGUACGUGUGAUGAUGCUAUGCACGGAAAAUACACAUGCACGGAUGUCUGCCCAAGAUACCCAGGUCUGCCACCACAGUGUAGACUUGUAAGAGAUCCAGUGAACCCAUGCUGCCAGAAGCCGGAUUGUUCUACACCAGCACCUCAGGUCACCCUGGCCCCUGUACCAGGAGUCAGCACUGUUGCACCAAACCCCAACCCAUACCAGACACCCUCAACAAAUUUCUGUGUAUACAAGGGUGUUCCACUCAGGAAGGGAGAGACCUUCAAUGAUGGUUGUGACAAAGUCUGCAGAUGUGAAGACACAAUGUUAAACAGCGUGGUUUGUGAUGAUAGAUGCCCAACCUACCCAGCACUUCAACCUGGCUGCACCAUGGUGACAGAUCCUAGAGAUUCUUGCUGCCGAGUACCACAGUGUCAACCAGUGAACCCAUCAACAAAUCCAAACAGCACCAUUAUUACAGGAGUACCAGGCACAAUCACUGGACAUACACAGCCAAACCCAUCCAAUCCAUUUACAGGGACCAGAGAUAUGUGCUUGUACCAGGGAAAAACCUACAAGACUGGAGACAAGUGGGACGAUGGAUGUACAUACACAUGCAUCUGUGUGGAUGGUAUGUCUGGACAGUAUAGAUGUACUGAGAGAUGUGCAAGAUAUCCCAAUGUACCCGCCCAGUGCAGCAUGGUAUCCGACCCUGCCGACAGAUGCUGUCAGAAACCAUAUUGUCAGUUCUUUGCCCCGACCCCUGCACCGAAUCAGACACCAGCACCAAACCCGAACCUAACACCAAACCCAUAUCUGACACCACUUCCAGGACAUUCCACAGUGGCACCAAACCCAGCGGUCACAGUCGCCCCUCAGCCUGGUAAUCCACAGCCAACACCAGCACCAAGAAUGGUAUGUCAGUACAAGAACCAGUUGUACAAACAAGAUCAGGUGUGGUAUGAUGACUGUAAUGCUGUAUGUAGAUGUGAGAAUGCAAUGACAGGAUAUUACAGAUGUCAAGAAAGGUGUGCUAAAUAUCCAAAUCUACCUCCCUCGUGUACCCUGGUACCUGAUCCAAAGGAUCCAUCGUGUUGCAAAGUAGCAUCUUGCCCAACACCCCCAACAAGUAUCCCACCAACACCAGGAUACCUGAAACCAAACCCCAACACACCAGCACCACCAAUGGUCACAGGAAUAGCCCCAGUGCCAACACAGCCAUCUCCCUAUCCCAACCCCAACCCACAGAACACACCAGCACCACAACCAGGAGUAUCUACACCAGUACCACAACCAGGAGUAUCUACAGUUGCACCACAGCCAGGAGUAAAUCCAACACAAGCACCACAACCAAGAACAGGAUGUUAUUUCAAUGGUAUGGUGUACAGUAAGGGCCAGAGGUUUGACGAUGGAUGCGACUACCACUGUGUCUGUGUUAAUGAUAUGACCGGACAAUACACUUGCACUAAACGUUGUACUGAUUACCCACAAGUUCCAACACAGUGUGUGAUGGUACAGGAUCCAAAGGAUGCUUGCUGCAAGGUUCCAUACUGUGACUAUGUCAACCCAUCUCCAUUCCCACAUGGCAUUCCAACACCAGCACCUAACCCAUACGUGACACCUCUACCAGGCCAGACAACACUCGCUCCACAACCAGUCACAAGACCACCCCCAGGUUAUUGUGUAUAUAAGGGAGUAUACUAUCAGCAAGGCCAGACAUGGGAUGACGGUUGUCAGAAGAAAUGUCGCUGCGAUGAUGUCUCUACUGGAUACUAUUCUUGCUCAGACAGAUGUCCAAGCUAUACCAAUCUACCAGCAAACUGCAAACUGGUCACCGAUCCUAAUGAUGCCUGCUGUCUGGCACCCGAUUGUAACACCUUUACACCAGCUCCAACACAGAAUCCAGCAAUCUUUAACCCAGGAACCAAUCCAUCGGUUACCGGCAUUGGAAAUCCCUCUACAACACCUAAACCAAUAAUUGUUAUGCCAACCUAUGUACCAGCCGUAUUCUCAGGUUCCAGCAGUAACAAUCCUGGAGGCAACUUCGGAACUGGACCAACAGGAAAUAACAAGGUGUGUGUCUACAAGGGUAAGAUGUACACUCAGGGACAGACCUGGGAUGAUGGUUGUCAGUUCCGAUGUACAUGUGUGGAUCAGUUGAGAGGCCAGUACAGAUGUACUGAAAGAUGCCCAAGGUACAUUAACUUGCCAGCUUUCUGCACCUACAAACAAGAUCCAAAGGACGCUUGCUGCAAGGUGGCUUCGUGCGAUGUUUCACAGGUCCCAACUCCUGGAGUGUUUGUACCAACACCCAUUCCAAAUUAUACUGGAGUACCAGGUAUGAACACCGGACCUUCAGGUUCAAAUCCACCAUACACCUACCAACCUGGCUACAACACCGGACCUUCUGGCUCAAACCCGCCAUACACUCUCCAGCCAGGCUACAACACUGGACCAGCUGGCUCAAACCCACCAAUCAAUCCAACAUCAGGUUCCAUCUCUGGAAAUAGAGACAAGUGUAUAUACAAAGAUAUGACAGCCCAUCCACUAGGCUCUCAGUGGCAGGAUGAUUGUAAGAACUGUAUAUGUGAAAAUCCUCUCACCAACUCAUACAGAUGUACAGACAGAUGCCCAGUAUACUCUGACUUACCAAGCACUUGCUAUCUGGUUAAAGACCCGAAAGAUCAAUGCUGUGCCCUACCUCAGUGUUCUGGUACCCUUUCACCUGUUACUGCGACUGGUACCCAGCCUUCAGGACCAUCUGGCUCUAACGUUGUACCAGUUGGUACCCACACUCAGUUUUCUGGCAGUUCUAACCCCAAUCCAGGUUCAGGAACCGUAACAGGAUCAAGAACUGCAUGUGUUUACAAGGGAACUACCCACAAUCAAGGGGAGUCCUGGGAUGAUGGCUGCGCCUAUACAUGUACCUGCACUGAUGCUAAAAAUGGUCUCUAUACAUGUACAUCCAAGUGUCCAAGAUACCCAACUAACAUUCCAUCCUACUGUAAGAUGAAUACUGUACCAGGCAUGUGCUGUAAAUCUAUGAGCUGCAAUAUCCCACAGGUUGGCAACUAUGUACCAUCUCCAAUGUUGGUACCCACACCAGCACCAACCCUGGCUCCAGGCAUGACACCCGCACCAAACUCUGGAAAUCCUAAUGUCAUUUAUCCAUCUGGUACCCAGCCUGUUAUUGGAGGACAGAGCCAAUAUCCAGGAAGUGGUUAUGCUCUACCACCAGGUACCACUGUUGGAAGCAUCAGAAGCCAGUGUGUGUACAAGAACCGCCUGUACAACCAGGGUGAGACAUGGAAUGAUGGUUGUGAAUAUACCUGUGAAUGUAUGGAUGGCAAGACAGGAUAUUAUCAGUGUAAACCACAGUGCCCCAAGUACCAACUCCCACAAGGUUGUUACACAGUCAAGGCUGUUGGCAAAUGCUGUGAUGACCCAGUUUGUAUGAAACCAGAUGGUACAAAGUUCAACCCAGUGACCAAUCCACAGACAGGCUACCCAGUUUAUGGCUCAUACCCAGUUGGAACAGGAGGAUUCAGACCAGGAUACAACCCCAGCACGGGAACCUCUGGUACCACAGCUGUAAGUGGAUAUGCAAACAGAUGUGUCUACAAGGGUAGAAUUUACAACCAGGGACAGACCUGGGAUGACGGUUGUGACUAUUCAUGUCAAUGUACCGACGCACAGCAUGGCAUGUACACAUGUUCACCAAAAUGUCCAACUUACACAUCAAUGCCAUCAGUAUGUCGCAUGGUCACAAUACCAGGCCAAUGCUGCCAGGAGCCACGCUGCAACUUCCCAAUGCAAACCACCAUUGCUACACCAGUCAUCCACACUGUUGCUCCACAAAUCUCAGGAUGUGUCGAUGCUAUCCCCAAUUGUGCUGCAUUCGGACAGACAAGCUGCGUUGCUCCAUAUGAUAAAUGGGCACAACAAAACUGCAAGGCCUACUGUAACCUGUGUCCUCAUACCCAGAGCCCCAGUACUUACCAGUGCGCAGACAAACUCCAGAACUGCAAUGCUUAUGAUGCCUCAUCCUGUACCGGUGUAUAUGAACCAUGGGCCAGAGAGAACUGCAGGAAAACAUGCAACCUUUGUACAACUGCCCCACCAUCACUUGUAACCCAUUAUCCACCAAACACACUGCAACCUUGCACAGACAAAUUGUCUAACUGUGCAUCAUACGAUAAGAACACAGCCUGUGAGGGUUUAUACGAGCAAUGGGCUAUUGAUAACUGCCAGAAAUACUGCAACAAAUGUAGUGCCACAGGAAACUAUGGAACAACAAUGACUGUACAGUUACCAAGCAGCAACUGGAUGAUCAUGAUGAAGGGUGUAGCAGGUGUACCGGGUGACCUAUACAACCUCUGGCAUGGAACUGGAACCAUGAAUCCAAAUGUACCAGAAGCCAUGUAUCUAACUAGCACAUAUGCAGGACAUUACAAACCUGACCUGUCCAAUUACUGGAACAGUCUAUGUAUUGACAAGGUGAAAGUCGCAAUCUUCAACAAAGGUGUAGAGAAGGCAAACAUCAUCUUUGAUGCUACUGGCUCUGACAAAGAGAGUUGGUUUAAUCCAGACAAAAUUAUUUCAUCCACAUGGACAGACAUCCGAUAUGCACCUAAGAACAUCUUUAGUUUAUUAGGUGACCAGGCUACAGGACACGAAUUCCUUGCCAGUAGUUCCGGAAGUGGAUGUAACUCUCAGGGCUGGAUUAUGGUAUCAACAAAGAAUAAUUGUCCAUUUGAACAAGGAACCCAGAAACCUGCCUUUUACUAUGCUCCAGGACAGUCCAUGACCACGUGGGGAUCAACUCAGGCUGGUACUGGUGAUGUCUUUGCCAUUUUGGCUCAUCCCAACUGCAAUGGAACGGGCGGUCCAACUAGACCAUCUCAGACAUUUGUAUCAACAUCUAGUUUCUGUAUAUACAAGAGCAAAAUAUACAACCAAGGCGAUAUUUGGCAAGAUGGUUGUCAGUACAACUGUACUUGUGAGGAUGCAAGGACUGGAUUCUACAGAUGUCAAGACUUAUGUCCAGUAUGGAACAAUCUGCCAUCCGGCUGCACGUUAGAGAAGAAGCCAGGAGAGUGCUGCUCUCAGCCUAACUGUGGAGGAACAAUUCUACAACCUGGAAAUACAGCAAAUACAUGCUACUAUGGUGGCAAAUAUUACCACGAGGGAGAACAAUGGAGAGACGGAUGUAAAUACAAGUGUACUUGCCAGGAUGGAAAAACAGGAUUCUACCAAUGUCAGACACUUUGUCUACAAUGGACUUUACCCCAGAGCUGUCAUCUAGACCCCCCACCAGCCGGAAAGUGCUGCCAAGUACCGGUUUGUCCUAGCAACGUGCAGCUUCAGUAUCCACCUGGUUUUGUUCAGGAAUAGAAACAUUGAUGAAAUCUAACAUCUUAAUAUUUGUAUUUAUUUGUGUUAUAUAACUUUCAACUUAAUAAAAUAUGUUUUAAAUGUA